UUCGUCCGCUAAAGUACACGACGAUAUUUAUUGUUGAAUGGUCAGCAUCUGGGACUGGAGUUGGCAAGAAAGGGGAUCCUCGGUGAAAUAAUGAUUUUUUUUUUUUUUUCCCUUUUCACCUCGAGUUACCGAGUUCGCCGGCUCGGUUUACUUUUUUGCCUACGAAUGGUGCCGUCGAUGGUGUCUUUACGAAACGAUUCGGAAACAGACACGAGGUUAGGAGGAGGGGAAAAAUAUCGACGAAUUACAUAUAUGAGGGUCAGUAAUGAAGAGAUGAUGAUAACAGAUGAAGACCUGGAAUUUCUGCGGAAUGGAGCACGCUGUCGUGAUUUAGUGAAGCGACGUGCUAAAGUCGCAGAGUUAGAAGAUCCUAGCUGCGCAUAGGAUUUUGUAUUACUUAGAAGAAUGGCAUCUUUGCACUUGGGACUUAGUCUAUUGAUAGUGAUGCACGCAUUUGAAUAUGAUUGAUCAAUUGAACUUGAUUCUCUUGAA